CCUUCUCUACAUACUGCACCUUUUUUUCCACCCCGCCUGGUCUCCUAUAAUGGCCUCAUUAGACAAUCCCGAAGCCGGCCUUCCACAUUCUCAGCCACAGCCGCCUCCCACCGAUUCACAACCCGCCGACCAACAAACAAAGAAGAGGUCCAAACAACAGCUCAGUUGCGCCGAGUGCAGGAGGUUAAAACUAAAAUGCGAUAGAGAUAUACCGUGCUCAAACUGUGUCCGCAGAGGAUGUAGAGAGCUAUGUCCAGAUGGCGUAAAAGAAACUCGUCGAGCUGGACUUGACGCCAAAACUGCUGAAGCACUUCAAAAACGGUUAUCCACCCUUGAAGGUUUCCUCACAGAACAUGGCUUCGAAGUCGACGACGAUAGCAGUGCAGUCCACCCUCGACUAUCUUCAUCUUCUAGAUCAAGGAUGGAUUCCAAUCCUCCCACCAUGCGCCGCGGUUCCAUCAUAGGAGGAGGAGGAAAUGUUGGCGGCAGCGAGGACUGGCGAUCAAACAAAGAUUCGCCGACGUCUCCCUUUCAAUCUACCAAGUCUAAUCAUCGACGAAGUCGGUCGCCGUCCCGCCGAGCUCAUUCGAUAGGUGAGUACCAGCGGCCUCCGCGGUAUCUGUACGACUCGCCUGCUCCACCUCGUGACAACCCCUUUUCCUACAACCUAUCUUCAUCGAGCCUUAGCCAUAGCAGUAACCCUUCUAUCCCUCCUCAAACCCAAGCCCAAGCCCAGGCCCUUCAUCAACUCCCAUCCCAGUCCCAUCUGCAUUCUCAUCCUCAUUCCCAAACGCAACUUCAUCUCCCCCCCAUCUCCUCAUUCAGCACCUCCACCUCCGCCGGCACAACCAUCCCUGUCGGAUCUCCUGUGGAACACUCUCAUGGUACCCUCGUCCUCGGCAAAUCCGGUCGUUCCCGGUACUUGGGUCCCACAGCCGGCACUGAAUGGCUUAAAAACCAAGAAGUCGGUGGGAUCGGUAUGGAGACACCUUCGAACUCUCGUUCACCUGUGGAUACUACCAAUCCUGGGAAUGGAAGUCCUGCAGGAGGAAGAGGGGAAAAGGGGGGAGAGGAAGGUGUUUAUCAUGGAAGAGAAAGUGGAGGAGCAUACGAAGACCCACUAUACUCCUUUCCAUUUAACGAAUCUGGAGAAGUAUCGACGGUGGAAGCAUUGUUUGCGCGAUUACCCCCAAGAGCAGAUGCAGAGACGUUGGUAGAUUCUUAUUACCGUUAUUUUGCUUGGAACCACGACCCCGCUCCCCGCCGGACCUUCCAACCAAUCUUCGACCGCGUCUACGCCUCUCUGCUCCAUCCCCGUCCCGAAAAUAGCGUCCACCUCCAACAACUUGCUCUCGUGUACAUGCUUCUUGCGAUGGGUACCGUCCACAACAUAGAAUUACCCCCCCACGAUGAGAGUGCGGAAGAGUACUUGACUUUGGCGCAAGCGGCUAUGACGAAAGGGAAUUUUAUGAACCAUGCGACAAUUGCGGGGUUGCAGACUUUGGUAACGAUGGCUCACUAUUACCUCGAAACGGAGAGCGGACGAAACGGGGAUUCCGCGUGGCCAUUAUGGGGUCUAGCGAUGAGUCUUGUCGUCGCUAUGGGAUUACAUCGAGAUGGAGCGAGAUGGAAUUUGCCAGACGAUGUUGUUCAAGAAAGGCGCCAAGUAUUUUGGGAAUGCCACACCAUCGAAGUCUUUCAAGCCAACUGUUUUUCUCGACCCAACACCCUCGUCCCGCGCUACAUUGACACCGCCUUCCCUUCCCCCAACUCCGCCGAAGUCGCCAUGGGUGGCAAAGGUUGGCCCACUCUCAAAUUCGAGCUCUGCCAAAUUUCAUCUCAGGUUCUUGAUGCGGGUAUGACCGUUCAUUUUCAAUCCUACGAUUCUAUCCAGAAACUUUACGGCCAACUAUGUGAAUUCGAGUUGAACGUCCCUUACGACCUCCGAUGUCGUUCUGCCCUCUUGGCGUUACCGUCAGUAUACCCUGACCCGGAGAUGGCAAGGAAAAAUAGUCCAGAGAUAAGCCGGCACAAUCUCCAUAGGACAUUGCAACAGUUCACGCUCUCGUUGAAUAUAUCGGAGAAUAUACUGUUCUUACAAAGACCGUAUUUUGUGAUGGCGAUGCAUGAUGAGCCAGCAGAUCCGACGAGGUCAGUGUAUGGCCAUUCGUAUCUUGCUGUCGUAGAAAGGUGCAACGUCAUCAUCCAAGUCGUCUCCGACUUGUACAAACUCCACCCCACCAUCAUCUCCCGUCAGUGGUUCUUCUGGUACCAUCUCUUCACCGCCGCCGUUUGCUUGGGCACUCUUAUUCUCAAAAAUCCCCAAUCUGCUCUUGCAACAUUUGCCCUCUCCCAAAUCGAACAAGCGAUCAACGUUUAUUCGGUACUGAUCAAGCAGAAUAACUCACCCUCGAUGGUGCAGAAUCAUGAUUGGUUACUGAGGCUUCGACAAAGGGGUGCCAAGAAGAUUGCGCAGGCAGCUGGAAUGGGAGGGACGAAUCUGCCCCUGGGCGUUGGACCUGGAGGAGGAGGUGGAGAUGGGGACACAGGAGGCCAAGAAGAAGAAGAUCGUGAACUCCUAGGCUGGAAAACCCGACUUAUCGAACGCGCUGGCUCUGGCGUCCACACUGCCGUCAACAUCUCUUCCUCCAACCCCGCCAGCUCAGUGCCACACCGUACACCCUCGCCUGGAUCUUUGACGCAAAAUGGCGGCGGUAAUAGCGGGAUGACCCCAGCUAUGCACUUGCUUCAGCAACAUUUUGUACCGCCUUUCCAAACUCCGCCUGUUAGUGGAAUGUUGGGUACGACGGCGCAGACUCUGGGAAUGGAUAACUCGACGGAUUUACUGCUACACCAAUUUUGGGAUCCAAUGAUGAUGGCAGAUUCCACAAACAUGACCCAGAACGCAAAUUGGUGGUCGUGGGAUUUUGGAGGUCUAGCGGAGAACGGCACUCCCAUAGCUGGAGGAGCUGCAGGAUCGCAAACCCAACCUCAAGCAACCCCCUAACCCUAGAUUUGAGAAAGGACCUGUAUUGAGUCGGCUAAGAGCAAUGAAAAAGGGGUGGGAAUAAAGCAAGCGGAGGAGCAUGCUGUCGGUCUUGAAAAUUCAAAACUUUGAGGGUUCUGGGGAACGAGUAAUUUUACGUCACGCAUCACAAAGAAUCAUGUUUUCUCAAGGGGUUUGACAAGUGUGAGAUUGAAGCACAAAGGAUACGAGGUGGUACCACAAGGAGAGUAAAGAAUUGUAAUUCAUGUCAAGUAUCACCUAUGUACAGUACAAGCUCAUAUCGUUCAACAUAUGUAAUCAAUGAUCAAUGCAUAUAAUGAC